AUGGGCAACAACAAUGCCAAAGAGAGUCGCCCUCCCGGAGUCGCUCAGUCUCACGACGGCAACCGCUCUGGCGAAGCCCGCUCCCGCCACCGUUCAGGCCCUGGCGAUGUGGCAUCAUUCUUCGGUGUCGGUGCAUCAGGUCAUAGAGAUCGCCGCCAGAACGUCCCAUUCGAGCAUAGAGAGACGAGACAAGAACGAGAAGCUAGAAGGCUUGAGCGAGAGCGUGCCGCCCGCCUUAAAGAGCGGGAACGAAGUAUCCGAGAAGAACAUGUCGAUGGAGGGUACGUGGUAACCCUGGGCACAUAUAUGGGAACCGAGGACUUCAACAAGCCAGUGGUGCGGCAACUCCAGAUCGAGAGAAGACUGGCGCCAUUUUGGCGCGGCCUCAACGAUUGGUCCGACAGUUGGGCAGAACACCAGCUAGUUGCCGCCGCCAGAGACCUCCCCAUACCAAAGGCUGACGAGCCACCUCCGCCGGAACUGAUGGCCCAGCCGCAGAAUCGUAAUGCGAGCCAGGGCAACCUGCACAACUUGACUGUCCCGAUAACCGAGCGAAGCAUGUCAACAGCCUCGGACCAUAGCGGAUCAGGUACGACAUCAGGGGUGGCUUCGCCCGGCACUCCGACAAGGGGUGCCAUCAAACCCAGAGCAAAGGCGCUGGCCAAGGCCUUGACCGGACAUUCAAGAAAUGCCUCCUCCGCCGAACUACCCCCCACGGAGACUAUGCUUCCGCGCGACCCCUUCGUUAAUGGCCAGCUUCUUGAGGUUUAUCUCUACAAGGAUGCAAAGGAAUGCCCAAUCUGUUUUCUAUGGUUUCCACCAUACCUCAACAGCACUCGUUGCUGCGACCAACCGAUUUGCAGUGAAUGCUUCGUCCAAAUCAAGCGAGCAGAACCCCAUUGGCGAGAGCACCACCCUGAUGCCGACGGACAAGCGCCGCAGCCCACUACAGAAGUGUCAGUCGAAGGAGUAUCCGAGAUGCUUGUAUCUGAGCCGUCUGCUUGCCCCUACUGUCAACAACCGGAGUUUGGCGUGACGUACGACCCGCCUCCGUUUCGCCGAGGUUUAGUCUUUUCGAACUCGGCCUCAAAUCUUGCCUCGUCUUCCACAAUGUCUCCUACGUCUUCUCAGACCUCAUUGCAUGCUAACACAAUCCCCAAUCCCCAACCCGUACCACAGAAUGGUCGCAGGAGGGGACAUAGUUUGUCCGCCAACGCACCAAACGUUAUCACCACGGAUCGCAUUCGGCCGGAUUGGUCUGCAAAACUCGCCACAGCUCGCGCCCAGCAAGCGCGACGGGCGGCAGCUGCAACUGCUCUCCACACAGCGGCAUUUCUGGCUGACCCUUCCUAUCGACCAUCGCUACAGGCAUUGAACCGUCGUAAUACUGGCACUGGCUCGGGCUCCGAUACACCCCGGAACGGACCCAUGGGUGCGCAAGGGGCAGAGGCUGGAGAGUUUUCCGACGCAGAUAGAGCGAGACACAUGCCGAUGCAGCAACUCGAAAACAUGAUGUUUUUGGAAGCCAUUCGACUUUCGCUCGUCGCAGAACAGGAGCGAGAGGAGCGAGAGAAGAAGGAACAAGAGCGACAGAAGAAGGAAGAGAAGGCCUUGCGGAAGGAGGCCAAGAAGCGAGAACAAGCCGAAAAAAAGGCAGCAAAGAAAGCAGCCAAGAAUCCCUAUGGCGGAAGUCUUAGUGGCGCUAGUGGCAGCAGCCUCUCCCUUGGCUUCGGCAGGAAGCGAGGCAAUAGCGGUGCGAGCAACCUGAGAAUAGAGGCAACGCCCCAGGGAGCCUCCCAAGGCCCGAAGAGCGACGGUCAGGUCGAUGCAUCAUCGCCAAAGACGCACGAUGACAACGUUGGCGACAUUCACGGGAAAGGAAAGUCGGUAGACCGAAGUGAGGCGGAUGCAUCGGCUGAGGGGAGUUCAUCAUUAGCGAUCCCUAUCCGGAGUGGUGGCUCACACCUGCGUCAGAUCAGCAACGCCUCAUCACUGGGAUCCUCGGUUGUGGAUUCUGCACCAGGUAGUCUCUCCGGCACAGGAUUUCUCCACGUGGACGGCAUCCGACAAAGCCGAGGAGAAGGAAGCGACGGCGAGGAGUCAUCCGAACCCAUGUUCAAUUUUCGGAGUCUCGCAGAGCUUGUGGGAGUCAAUCUCGACGAAGGCACUGUCGCCUCGGACGAUGUUGAAGGGACCUCGCGAAGAGGCCCUGGCGAUGCUGCACCAGAGACAGGGGCACGCCCACUAUCUCGAGUGAAGGAGGAGGACGAGCCCGUAUCCAGCCACGAGGAAAAAGAGGUCUCCACUGAAACCACAGUCAAUGCGACAGAAAGACAGGAAUCUCAGCGCAAUCUUCAUGCCCAAGGGGCGUUGAGAUACUCUCGUUCCGAGGAUGACAAGUCGUGCGCACCCACUGUCUUGAUCGAGGAUGUAGCAGCUCCGGAACGGAAAUAA